UACUCUACAGUAACACACCAUUCAACUACCACAGUCCGCGCACAUGAAACCGCCGUUCACGUCAUCCAUCGCGGGCUCACUAGAGGUCCACGCGUCACAACGGAGUGCACGGCGUUGUUGAAGACGAGACUUAAAAUGCGAUGAGGUACGCAUCAGAAACCGCAACUGCACCCAUCGCACGAAGAUGCAGCCCUUCGAAGCUUCAACGCCCAGCGCAGCACCACGAUCAGGCAUGAGAAAGUCGCGAAAUGGUUGCGUAGCAUGCAAGCGCCGCAGAGUCAAGUGCAACGAACAGUCACCGUGCAGCGCCUGCGUCCGUCGAGGGGAGCCUUGCAGUCUCGCCACCCUUACACCCGAAUCAACUGGCGAAGACGACACUUCAGAAAAUCUUCCUUCAACGCGGGAAUGGCUGCAGGAUAUGGAACUCAUGCACCACUAUGGGAACGUUAUUCGGGAGGAACCCUUCGCCUCAGGCCCACAAGUUGCGCACUUAUGGCAAGAUACCGUUCCUCAAGAAGCCUUUAAACAUCCAUUCCUUCUCCACGCACUCUUGGCCCUCUCCGCACUGAACCUGGCUCAUCACCAUGAUGUAGAUGCAGCCCGCUAUCUGCGCCUUGCAGACAAGCACCAAGCAAUUGCUAUCUCUGGCUUCCGGAACGCUCUGGCCGGCGAGAUUACGCUGCAUAUCAGUGCAGCGCUGUUCGCCUGCGCGUCCGCGAUCUCCCUUUCGACGAUGGCACGAUCGUGUGCCACGGCUGCCACAAGAGCUUCACCACAAGGUCUGGAUGUGGGAGAGAUUGCAGAGCUGUUCGUCCUGACAAGAGGAGUUUUGGACUUUGUUAGCGUUGCGCGAGCCCAUCUCACCCAGACACCGAUGGCCGAGAUGUUCGAGGGGCAUUGCAUGCCGGAGUCAGAGGAGGGCAAGACUUCCUUGCCGGAGCAUGUGCGGAAGCGCUUUCGUAGCCUCGAGGACAUGAUUUUGGAACGCCAUCAAAAAGCACCGGAGAAGCUCUCCAUCGUCACAUCUGCGCUCAAAUACCUCGAGCUAGUCUACCGCGAUCUGACAUACUUUCUAAGAGUAGGAAUGAUCGAAGUUGGUGCAGUGUGGCGCUGGACGACUAUGGUCGAUCACAAACUUGCGGGCCUGAUCAUCGAUCGAGAUCCGCCCACACUGAUACUAGUCGCUCACUAUGCUGCUGCAACAGUGAGUGCUCGGGAGUCGUGGCCUACAAGGCAAUGGGGUGUCUAUGCUCUUCAAGGCCUUAGCGAAAUGCUCGACGACAACCUGCAACAUUGGCUGGACUGGCCAAUGCGACAGAUUGACGAUAGACUAGCAUCUCUUCUCGAUUCUGAUUGACCGCUCGUACAAGAACGUAUUGGAAAGACAUGGUUCACAAAGCUGAGCAUCUCCGGAAGCGAGGACGCAAUUAAGACCGUAGUCCGGUGACGAGUCACUGACGUCCGCACCCGCUGAAUGGUUAUUGAGACAGAGUCCAUUUGCUACCGCUUGCUCCAACGGCCUGAGACUCAACGGCUUCGCUUACGCAAGUUAGCUGGGGUUUUGUGUAACCACCACCCACCUUGACCCACUCACGUGCUGCAUGCAGCUGCAGCUUC